AUCAGCUGAGAAAGAAAAGGGACGAGGCCAGGCAAGCUGCUCUAUACUUGCGUCCUUCCUUCUAGAAAAUGCCUCUCUUUAUAAACAGAGACCAAAUAUUUGCUCAUCAGGUACACCUGCUGGAGCACAAAUUAAGGAGUAAAGAGGAGCGAAUACUUGAACUGGAGACAGAGAAUGCCCUUCUUCAUUUAAGACUUGCAGAGUGUUCGGGUAGACAGCGCCGGGACCAUGAUGAGGUAACCAAGGCCGUGAACGAUCAUCAGCUUCAGAGUAGUACAAAGAAGAUAACCCAAUCAGCCCUCAUCAAGCUCCUCUCAGGGGUUCAGGCUGUGAAGCAUGACCUGAGUGAGUUGUUUGCAGUGUAUGUGAGUUUUGCCACCGAGUUGGAGGAGCAGAGCAAGCAGCUCCUGGAGAAAGUAGAGCAAGCCAACUCAUCUCUGAACGGUCACAGUGAGGAUGAAUUUCAGAAUUUGCAGGUUCGUGUUGCAGCCCUGGAGCACUCUCUGGAGGAAGAAAGGGAAAACUGCAGGGCAGAGAAGCAGAAGCGGAAAGAACUUCACAACACACUGGUGGAGCUCAGAGGGAACAUUCGGGUUCACUGCAGGGUGCGUCCAGUUCUUCCUUUUGACCAGAUCCAGUCCUCAACUUCCGGAUCAGGGUCUGCAUCAUCAGAGGAAGUAAUCCACGCAGUCAGUGAUGAUACAGUAAUGGUGAAUUGCGUGAAGGCGGGAAUGCUGGUGCAAAAUAAAAUGUUCGAGUUUGAGAGGGUACACGGACCAGAGGAGUCCCAGGAGGCUGUGUUUGAAGAAGUCAAGUCACUUCUAACAUCUCUGCUGGAUGGCUAUAAUGUGUGUAUCAUGGCAUAUGGGCAGACAGGCAGUGGGAAGACUCACACCAUGAUGGGAUCCCAGUUCCUGGAUGAGCUCUCAGGGACACAGCAGGAGGCACAGCAGGGUAUUAUCCCUAAGGCUGCUGCUGAGCUCUUUCGGCUGAUCUCUGAGAAGCCUGCAGAAAGUCACACAGUGGAAGUGUCAGUGAUGGAGGUGUACAACAAUGAGGUGUUUGACCUGCUGGCCAGGGAUGAGCACAGCAAUGCAGCUGGCCAGAGACGGGAUGUCAUCACCACCGCCUCCGGUGCGAGCCAGGUCCCCUCCCUCACAUAUGAGACUUUCCCUUUGUUUUCCAGGCCUGUGAGUAAUGCCUCUGAGGUGAUGCAGAUUAUUAGCAGCGUUCUGAAGCUCAGAGCUCACUGUCCCACCCUUGUCCACGCGGACUCAUCACGCUCUCACCUCAUUGUCACCCUCACGGUUUCCUCCAAGAGUCCCAAUGCAGUGGCCCUGGCCCGCAGGCUACAGAGUGCCAAGAUGGACAUGCGGCGCUCCACCCAGAAGGAGUGGUGGAGUCCACGCUGUCGCCGUGCCAACCUCGCCGCCCACCACUCAGCUGACGAAACCUCUGCAAGCCCCGUGUCCUCUCCCUGCUCGACCCCGUCCCUUUCUCCCUGCCCCUCCCCGAGACGCAGCAUCACUCAGACUCCGUUCAGGACAAAGCUUCAGCUGGUGGACCUGGCUGGCAGCGAGUGUGCUGGUAUGUCUGGAGUUUCAGGUGCAGCUCUCUGGGAGUCAUCAUGUAUAAACCGUAGUCUCUCGGCUCUGUCCGAUGUCCUUGGAGCUCUGGCUGAACACAGACCACACAUCCCUUACAGGAACAGCAAACUCACUCAUCUGCUGCAGGAUGCCAUAGGUGGUGAUGCCAAGCUGCUAGUGAUGCUCUGCGUCUCCCCGACACAGCGCUUCAUCACAGAGUCCCUGCAGUCUCUUGGUUUUGGCACGCGGGCACGGCAGAUAACACGGGGGAAUCCAUGCACGUGCAGUUUCAGGUCUGUUGACUCCAGUUUAAUGUUGGGAAGAAAAAUCACACAAUUCCCUCUGAAGUGAACCAGUUGGAGAUCUUCCCAGCACGAAUAGAAUAACACACUGUAUCUGGCUUAGAGGAUAAAGAGUGACAGAAGAAAACAAAACUAUGACUGGAACAGAAGUGAGAAGAUAAUAAACACGGAAACUACAGGAGUGUUUAGGGAGAUGACAGAGGAGAGGAGAUGUGGAAAUGAGCUGAGAGAGAAACGGGAAUGCAAGAGUGUGAAAGCACAUGAAACUGAACUUUUACUUCAACCUUCACUCUUUAUCUGCAUUAUUAAAGAGUUUCUAACAGGAUGAGUUUUUGUACAGCGUUCAGGAUGUGGAUCAUCUGUGGAAAUUCUCCUUUACACAUAGAUUACCUGGAAACAGAUUGAUAGGUAAGAAUGUGUAUUUUCCAGUGUUUGUUGGAGGUGGCAGGGAGUCACUGUGAAACAUGUUGCUAAAGCCCCAGUCAUGCAGAUCUACAGACUGGUCAGUGACCCUCCCCAACAACCACAAUUUGCUAGUAAAACAUAUUGGUUAGUGGUCGCUUGCAGUCGCUUGGUGAAAUUGGUUGGAAAAAAAACCCUUGUUCUGAGUGCUUUGGUCUCUAGCAGAUUAUGGUGAGCCAGGAAAGCCAAAUAUCACCAAAUAUCUCCUCAAACCCAUCUGUUGGCUCAGCUGGCUUGCUGGCAAUCAAGUUUAGCAAUCAGCCUUUUCAUUUGGUUCAUGUCAGCUGGAAAUAUUCCCCUCAAUUCCCCCCAAAUACUGGAAAUACCUUUUCCUCACAAUCUCCCAAAUUAAAUUUGAGUUGGCUCUUUUUUCUUAAUGAACAGAUAUUUGUAGGUUUUUCCAUUAUAUUUAAGUAUUUAAUUCAUGUCAUAAGUAUAAAAGCAAAAUUGUACCAGCUUAAUGAAAGGAGCAACUCGUUCUCUAAAAGCGACUGGUUCGAGUUCAUUUGAGGUCUUGGCCAUGAUCCAGUUACAUGUGAAUAAAUCUUCACUUUUGGAGUUUUAGGGGCUG